GGAAGUUCCCACGAAGUAGAGAUGGUACGGGUGAAGUCAAGAUAUUUGCUGUGCGAGGUGAAUGUGAGUAACAGGAGCGACCUGCUGCUCCUGGAUGACUGGGCAGUUAAUGGGGCGGUGAGGGCAGCGGUGGCCUGCAUGUACGGAGACUAUGGAGCAGCUCUCUGCAGCAUCCGAUUCUACGUUAAAUACCUCAACGCACACACUGGAAUAGUAUUUCUACGUUUCCCCAAAAGAUGCUACAAACUCCUCUGGUCUGCUUUACCUUUCAUCACCAGCAUUGAAACGCGACGGCAAACAAUUCCAUGUUUUCUAAACUGUUUGCACGUGGGAGGGACUAUUAGAACCUGUCAGAAGUUUUUGGUUCGAUACAACACCCAACAGCUUCGUCGAAUGCUCCCUAAAUGUAAAAAUGAAGAAGAAAAGCAGCAAGUCCGUCAAGCAAUCCUGAGCUGCUGUUUACCAGGUGGAAAUAAGGAGGAAUUUGAAGAGGAUGUGGAGAGUGAGGAAGAUGAGGAACAGUGACUUCACAAUGCUGUUUUUUUUUUGUUGUUGUUCGAAUGCCUGAAUGAUGUUGUUUUUGUUACAAGACUGAACCCCCUGCC